AUGGCGACCAACACAGACAACACACGCGACCGGUCUCUUGAGAAAGUAGAUUCGCAACCUGCCAUGGAAAAACCAGUCGACAUCCAGAACGAGUAUGAGGCUCCAACGGACCUUGGCGACGAUGAAAAUACCAAGAAGCUUACUCGAACACUGCUCUUGAAGCUGGACACAAGAAUUCUUCCUGUUCUUGCCAUUCUCUUCCUUUGCUCGUUCCUCGACCGCACAAACGUUGGCAACGCAAAGAUUCUCGGUCUUGAAAAGGAUCUUGGCCUCAACACACACCAGUAUGCCAAUGGCCUUGCUAUUUUCUUUAGCUUCUAUAUUGCUGCAGAGCUGCCUUCAAACCUGAUUUUACGUCGGGCAAGUCCCCGCAUCUGGCUGUCGUUCUUAACGGCAGCAUGGGGAAUUAUUGGCAUGUGUCUAGGUUUUGUGCAGAACUAUGCUGGAUUCUUGAUAGUUCGUGCUUUUUUGGGUCUUGCUGAAGGCGGGCUGUUGCCGGGAAUGGUACUUUAUCUGUCUGGAAUGUACACCCGAGGCGAGAUGGCUCUCCGAAUCGGUCUCUUCUACACCAGCGCCUCUCUUGCUGGAGCGUUCGGCGGCCUUCUGGCACGCGGCUUGUCGUCCAUCGGCGCACGCGGUGGUCUGGAUGCAGGCUGGCGAUGGAUUCUCGUCAUUGAAGGACUAUUGACUGUUGUGGCAGGUGUCGCGGCCUAUUUCUUGUUGCCAAACAGCGUCGACACCGCUUGGUUUCUCAAACCCGAAGAGAGAGAGUUGGCCAAACGAAGACUGCGGAGGGACACUGCCGCACAUCUUCCAGAUGGCCACCAUACGGAAGGUGUUGAGAAGUUCCGCUGGUCUGAGGUCAGACGUGGGUUCUUCAAUAUUCAGCUGUGGCUGAGCGCGACUGCUUACUUCGCCAUUCUGUCCGGACUAUAUUCAUUUGGACUGUUUCUCCCGACCAUCAUCAAAGGUCUGGGAUAUACCGCGAACGAAGCUCAACUGUGGUCUGUUAUCCCGUACGCGGUAGCAGCAGUCGUUACUGUGAUUGUGGCAGUCUUGUCCGAUCGCCUCAAGCUACGAGGAGUCGUCAUGCUCUGCGUUCUCCCGCUGGCUAUCAUCGGUUAUGCGGUGAUUGGCAAUGUCGGAGAGCAUGACAACCACACCAAGUACGGCAUGACCUUCUUGAUGGCGACGGGGCUGUAUGCCAGUGUCCCGCCUGUUUUGGUAUGGAACAGUAACAAUUCAGCUGGACACUACAAGCGUGCUACCACUUCCGGUCUUCAGUUGGCUAUUGCUAAUUGUGGAGGCUUUGUUUCUGCCUUCACGUACCCAUCUACUCAAGCACCGCAAUAUCACAAGUCCCACACCAUCAUACUAGGUCUUCUAGUGUAUGCGUGGUUCGCAAUCCUAUUGAACGUUCUAUGGUGCGCAAAGAUCAACAGAGACAAGGCUGCGGGCAAGUACGAUAAGUACAUUGGAUAUGGUGAUGACAGAGAUCCUGAAUACAAGAUGGUUCUGUAA